CCGCUCUUCAUGCACGCAUCUGGGGGUUCGACCAAAGUCGCUUAUAACUUGCUCAUCGGGCCAUCUUCCACACCGCCAAUCAGAAAGUGCUCAACCUUGGUCUUUUGAGAAAUGUGCUCGCGCACUAACACAGACUCGGCGCGUCAACUGGCCAUGUGAACAGUGUAAGUUGAGAUAAAUAGGUAGCUACUGCGACCCCCGCGAUGAACUCGACAGUCUGUCUUUUGUAUUUCCAGUUCAUGAGCUGAGCCUUACCCAGGAACCCUCGGGGGCCUCCAUUUUUCUCAUAUCUUCCCCCAUCUGUUGACCUGUGACCAUGGCGACGCCAUUGGGCUCAAGGUGUGUUCCGGCGACGUUCCAGAAUCUCUCCUUGUUUGGGGCCGAGGUUCUGUCUCUCUCGGCGACGCUUGUGACCAACUACAGCGCUUCGGUUCCUGCGAUCGAUCGUUUCACCCAGCCUCCCGUCGAGGUGCAGAACGCCAGCUUUUGCAACAUCACCGUGUCGUACACCCACCCGGGACAGAAUGACGCCCUCGUGGUUGAGGCCUGGCUUCCCGCAACCGGGUGGAAUCGCCGUCUCCAGGCUGUCGGCGGCGGUGGCUUUGUCGCCGGGCGUUCUGAUCCCGUAUACAGCGCCAUGAGCGGAGCGAUUGCUGACGGGUAUGCGACCGUGACGACCGAUGCGGGACUCGGCACAGCCCCAGACCCGACAACAUGGGCUUUGUUGAGUCCUGGGAACGUCAACCUCUAUGAUCUGCAAAACCUCGCGUCUGUGUCACUGGAGGACGAGGCAAUCAUGGCAAAAUCCAUCAUCAAAUCGUACUAUGGCCAACCUCCCGCCUUCUCCUACUGGAACGGUUGCUCACAAGGCGGUCGCCAAGGCCUCAUGCUUGCUCAGCGGUAUCCCACUGCCUACGAUGGCAUCGCAGCCGGAGCUCCGGCCCUGCACUGGAACGAUCUGUUUCCCAGCAUGCAAUGGCCGCAGCAGUUCAUGGCCAUGUUGGGCCAAUAUCCUCAUGCAUGCGAGCUCAGCGCAAUCACCUCGGAGGCUAUUUCGGCCUGCGACAAGCUGGACGGAGUCGUCGACGGUGUCAUUAGUGACGUGGAUGGCUGCUUGACCACCUUUGACCCAUUCAAGACGGUUGGCCGAGCCUUCCACUGCACCCAGGAGAAUCGAACACUGGAGAUCAGCUUGACUGCGGCUGCUGUGGUCAACGCAACCUGGCAGGGAAUUCGCAACGCCGAAGGAGCGCAGCUCUGGCCAGGCUUGAACCCCGGCACGGAUCUGACCGCCGGGGCCGCCAUCACAAACUGCAGCAGUGGAACCUGCGUCGGCGUGCCGUUGGCGCUGAGCUCGCAGUGGCUGUCGCUCUUUGUCGCGCGGGAUCCGAGCUUCGACCUGUCCAGGCUGAGCCAUGCCGCGUUCGACUGGCUGGCUCAUCAGGGGAAACAGAGGUACGACUCUGUCAUUGGCACCGACGAUGCUGACUUGUCCGCCUUUCGGCAAGCCGGCGGCAAACUGGUCACUUUUCAUGGUCUUAUCGACCAGUUGGUCCCUUCCAAAGGCAUUGAGAAAUACUACAAUGAGGUCUCAGCGCUUCACCGAGACGUGCACGGCUUCUAUCGUCACUUUGAGGUUCCUGGGAUGGGCCACUGUCUUGUGGGAGGUCCCAGCGGCGGCCCCCUCAAGCUGUUCGACCAGCUACGGGCGUGGGUCGAAAACGGGACGGCGCCAGAACAAACCCCGGUCCAGGUCACAGACUUGCAGGGAAACCUGCAAAACCGCAUCGUGUGCCCAUACCCGCAAAAGCCGGUCUUUAAUAACAGGAGCUGCGCAGCCGUCGCCGAAGCACGAUGUUGGUCCUGCAGUCGUCGUGUCACCGCGCUGUAGGCACUAGGAGUCAUCACAGCGUGAGAUGCAGGUUCUCGUAAGGGUAGAGCAUUAUUUUGAACAGUGUAUUUUGACCGCGCUGGGUUGUAUAAACAGUCAACAUUAGCCUCAAACCUCACUUAAUGCAUCUAUGUUUCUAUACAUUCCGAGUC